AUGACAAACUACGAUCAAUAUACCAUUGGAUGGAUUUGCGCUAUUGAAGAAGAGCUUGUCGCAGCCUCUGAACUUCUUGACGAAGAAAUCUUUGAGGCUGUUCUGACGCCAAGAGAGGAUAACAACACUUACACCCUCGGAAAAAUCGGAAACCAUUAUGUUGUCAUUGCAGCAUUGCCUAAGGGGCAGUAUGGGAUAGUUAAUGCUGCCAGUGUUGGGAGGGAUAUGGCGCGCACCUUUCCCAAUGUUAGGCUUGGUUUUAUGGUGGGCAUUGGGGGUGGCGUCCCAACCAUACAUGAUAUUCGCCUCGGUGAUAUUGUGGUUGGGGUUCCUUUAAAGCGGAGCGGCGGCCUAGUUCAGUAUGAUCACGGAAAGGCAAUUCAAGAUAAAGGCAUUGGUAUCAUGGGAGCUUUGAACCAGCCCCCAAUGUCUAUCUUGACUGCUAUCACCAAAUUGUCCGCCUGGCAUGUCAGGAAAGGAUGCAAGUUGAGGCAGACAGUCGACCAUAUACUGGAAGGAAACAAUAAUCUUAUGGAAGCCGGUUAUGGACGGCCGCACAAAGAUACUGAUAGACUCUAUGAAUCCGGGUUCGUUCAUCCUUUGGACUCGACAAGCUGCUUGACUUCGUGUCCUCAGUCAAACCUUGUCCAGAGACAGCCACGCAAGGAGGACCAGGAUAGCCCAAAGAUUCACUACGGUCUUAUCGCCUCUGGCAGCCAGCUAAUGGAGGAUGCUAUAGCGCGAGAUAGACUUGCUGUGAAUGAGGGUGUGCUGUGCUUUGAGAUGGAGGCAGCUGGGUUAGCUAACCAUUUUCCUUGCCUUGCUAUUAGAGGUAUAUGCGACUAUUCCGACUCCCAUAGGGGUGAUGAGUGGCAGGGUUAUGCGGCCCUCGUGGCUGCAGCUUAUGCAAAGGAGCUUCUCCUCCUGAUCCCCCCCGAGAAGGUCGAGGCGGAGGAGAAGAUAAAGGACAUCCUUUUUGAGUUUCGUGAACCUAUAUUCGAGACCAAAGAACAGGUUGGAGCUAUAUACCGCAGUAAGCAAGGGGAAGAAGAACUCAAGAUGCUUAACUGGCUUCAAGCGACUGAUUACACCGCUGAGCAAGAAUCCUUUUUCCAGCAACAUCAGCCAGGCACGGGCCAGCAGUUCACGAGUUCCGAAGAAUUUGAACGCUGGCUGGAGACCAAGAAUGCUAUGCUGUUUUGUUCCGGAAUGCCUGGAGUGGGCAAAACGAUCCUUACAGCCAUCACAGUCGACUAUCUGAAAACCAGAUUCAAAGAUGAUCAUGGAACUGGUGUUGCAUAUGUGUACUGCAGCUACCAAACGACAAAAAAGCAGACAGUCCAGGACCUGUUCACGAGUCUUUUAAAACAGCUCGCGCAAACGCAAGACCCUUUUCCGGCCGCCUUAAAAUCACUCUAUGUGGAGAAAUUCAAAGGGGAAGAAAGGCCAUCACCACAUGAUAUCACCAAAGCACUUCGCGACGUCAUCAAUUCUUUUGAUCAAGCGUUCAUUAUGGUUGAUGCCAUAGACGAGUUUGAGCCAACAGAAAGCCUUUUCUCUGAACUCAGUUCUUUGCAGGAACAUGCAAUGGCAAACAUUCUCAUUACUUCGCGGCCCCCAGCUCAGAGCCUCGAAGAUAAACUUGAUAAUCUUCACCGGUGUUUGAGAAAGAAGAUACAAGCCGACGACCACGACGUGAAACUAUAUAUUGAUCAACGGAUGACCGAGAUGCUAGUUCUAAAUGAAGCAAACACUGAAAUCCCGGAAAGAAUCAAACAAGACCUCAGAAAAACAAUCAGGAAAAGGCUUAGCGAAGUUGUGAAUGGAGUAUUUCUCCUCGCCCGCUUUCACCUAGAUGGUCUGAUGAGCAAAACAAGACCCGCUGACAUCGAGGAUGCCUUGCGUAACCUUGUCACUGGCCCAAAUGCUUACAAGGACGCGUAUGAGAAAACCAUCCGAAGAAUCGCAAACCAGCCAGAGGAACAUAGAUAUCUCGCGAGUAGAACAUUGGCUUGGCUCACACUUGCAAAGGAGCGACUCACAAAGGAGCAACUUCGAACCGCACUCAGCAUACGAGAGGGAGUCUCAGAACUCAGCGACGGGGACUUCGAAAGCACCAACGUGAUUCUCCAUGUUUGUAUGGGUCUGGUAAAGAUUGAACAAGGUGGAUACGAUGGUACGAUUAGCUUGCUACAUUUCACAACAAUGGAGUACUUACAGGCCAAUCUCGAUUGCCUUCUGUCUCUGGAGUCUCCCGAUCAGAGAUCAAUUAUAGCGAGAGCCUCACUUUCAGAAUGUAAACGAAAAAUAAAAGCCAAAAGUUAUUACGAGGGGACGAUCGCGGCAUCUUGUGGGACAUAUCUACAAUUCACAGCCUUUGGAACGGGACAAUUUAAAGUCGAUUAUGAUAAUGAUCGCGAAGAUCGGCCUCGCUAUAGAUUCGACGAUAAAGAAAGACGCAGAACGAUUCGAGGAACGCGGCUAUCUCGAUAUCCUCUAUACAUCUAUGCGUCAAAGUACUGGGCGCAUCAUGCUCGCAAGACAGAGACUCGCUCCGAAGUCCUUGACUUUCUGAAAAGCGAGCCUCAUGCAAGCGCAUCAAGCCAAUUAGUCCCCGCUUUUCGAUCAGGGCCUGGAGGCAUUCGGUCAGGAUACGACAAAUCGGUAAGACUAGGCCGUGUAACUGGGCUUCAUCUGGCGGCAUACUUUGGACUUCGCGCGGAAGCCUCUGAGUUGCUGAGCAAUGGCAUGGAACCAGAUGUGAGAGAUGGCUGGGGUAGGACACCACUAUCAUAUGCCUCUGAGGAAGGGCACGUAGUGAUAGUAUCCCUGCUUCUGAGCCAUCAAGUUGACCCAGAGUCAAAAAGCGAUGGUGAUGGUCUGGUUUCACCACGGACGGCAUUAUGUCACGCAGCAAGACGGGGCCAUGCAGAAGUUGUUGCCGUUUUGCUUAGAUUAGGGCGUGCAAAACCUGACUCGACAUUCUCAGAAAGUGAUGGUGAGUCGAGCAGAACUCCAUUAUCAUUCGCUUCAGAAGCUGGUCAUGUGGCCGUUGUCAAAGUUCUUCUUGAGCAGAAAGAGGUGAACCCAGACUUGAAAGGCCCCACGCUUCGUACGCCAUUAUCGUACGCAGCUGGAGCCGGACAUCUUGUCGUCGCGAAUGUACUGUUGGAUACAAAAGAAGUGCACCCUGAUUCAACAGAUGCCAGUGGGUUGACAAGACGUGGGAGGACCCCACUAUCAUAUGCCGCAGAGGGUGGCCACAAGACACUAGUCGAGCUACUCCUUGCAAUCAAGAGUGUAGAUCCUGAUUCCAAAGACCUCUCUAACCGUUCGCCCUUAUCAUUUGCGGCUGGAUCUGGCCAUGAAGUCGUGGUUGAUCUGCUUCUUGCUACAAAGAAAGUGGAUCCUGACUCAAAAGACAACGCUGACAAAACACCCUUAUGCCAUGCAGCAGCGGCUGGUCAUGGAUCCGUCGUAAAACGACUGCUUACGAUCAACCAAGCUAAGCCUGCUUACCAGGGCGGCCAUGGCCUCCCAGCACAGUAUUCUACCACUGGCGAAACCCCAUCCCUUGACGGUAUGAUCAUGUUACUGCUAGCUAAUGGAAGAGUCGACCUGAACGCCAAAGAUAGCAGGGGAUGGACACCACUUUUUUAUGCAGCAAUAUACGGCCAUGAAGCAACGGUAGAUAUGCUACUUGCACAAGAGGACAUAGACGUCAAUGCACAGGACAACUGCGGUCGGACCGCGCUGUCCAAUACAGCGAGCAACAGAUACUAUGCUAGAGCGACAUUUGGGAGACUACUUGCUCAUGAAAGUUUACAGCCAGAUUUAAGUGAUGACAAGGGACGAACGCCACUCUCAUAUGCAGCACAUUCAAGCGAUCUAGCAGUCAAACUACUACUCAAUGAUGCGCGAGCAGAUCCCAACACCAAAGACGAUUCGGGAAGGACGCCACUCUCAUAUGCAGCAGCAUAUUCAAGCGAUCUAGCAGUCAAACUACUACUAAAUGAUGCCCGAACAGAUCCCAACACCAAAGACGAUUCGGGAAGGACGCCGCUCUCAUAUGCAGCAGAGAAAGAGAGUCUGAAGCCUAUAGAGCUCUUACUUGAAGAUGAUCGUGUGGAGGCGGAUCUUCAAGAUAUUUCUGGACGGACGCCACUCUCGUAUAUCGCAGAAAGAGCACAGAUGAUUGUUGAUAAGUUAAAUGAAAAGGGCGCCUACGAUUCGUUUCGGGAAAGAAAAGUAUAUUACCGACGGUGGGACGCAGAGAAGCUAGAUGAGUUAAGGCGGCCGAUUAUGAAAAUGAUUGCAGAGAAGGGAGCAAAUCCUCUCUUCAAAGACAAGUCAGGACGGACACCGGCAGAUAUUAUGCCAGAGCUGAGACAGAUGACAGUUGGCAAGUUCCGACCGUGA